AUGAUGGAAAUUCAGAAAAUGUAUACAGACCGCGUCGAGUCGUCCCGGAACAGCGUUCGGGAAAUCGCGGCAACAAGCCACCCGGCGAAUUGUUAUACACCAAGAGUACGCACAUUUUGGAAAUUAUUUAAAUAUACUUACGAGGUCGGGACCACUUUGAAAAUAGUAUGGGGGCUUAGGCAAGAGGAUGGAAAUUCGGAAAAUGUAUACAGACCGCGUCGAGUCGUCCCGGAACAGCGUUCUGGAAAUCGGAGCAACCGGGCUGCCCGAGAAUUGUUAAACACCAAGAGUACGCACAUUUUGGAAAUUAUUUAA